ACCAUCUGUGGGUUACCUCCCCUUUUGUAAAAUUUGUCAUUGUUUUACAGCGUAGCGCCAAUUUGUUCCGAUUUUAAAAAGAAGAAACUUGUACCUAUAUUAAGUCAGAUAAAAUUAAAAGAUUACUCGAACAAAUCUUACUGGACAAGAUGAUUGCAGCAUUUUUGGUUCGUAUCGAUGGUUUGCUGCGUUGCAAGUAACCUAGAAAGACUACACCAUAAGUGGCUGCUAGUAGCAAGAAAAUCUGUUGAAGCCAGAGACAGCCCAGCUGACAUCUGUUAGCUAUGUCCCACUCAUUUGCCCUCGUUGAUGAUGCAGUGCGGUCGGUAAACACAAUGGAUGACUACUUCAAUGUCGGGAUGGAUAUCUGCACCGACAUUGGGCUCGAAUUCAUGGAAAAUGCCAAACCAGAAGAUGACACCAGUUCAUGCAUACACAAAUUCAAAGAUGUUAUGAUUAAACUGGUGAACAUGAAUAAUGAGGUACAGGCCUUGAAAACUGCAGUGGAGGAAGUCAAAGCUAGGGACCCAGAAAACAAUGAAACACUGGCAGAGGUGUUGGAAGCAAGGCUGGCUGUGUUGAAGUCAAACUUUCCAGACGCCCAAUACCAUGAGAAAGUCAAGGAAUUCCAAGAGAAAAUGUCCAAGGCUAUGAAGCAAGAGAGCUCCAGCAAGACUGGACAGGGAGAGAUGGAGAUUGAGGUAUCCCAGGAGACCUUGACCUUCAAGUGUCCGUACACUGGGAAGGUCAUGGAGUGUCCUAUGCGCAACAAACACUGCGGCCAUUCCUAUGAGAGGGAUGGCAUCUUGCAGUACAUCAAACAGAGGCAGAAGAAGGCUAAGUGCCCUGUGGUCGGGUGUGCCAAUGAGAAGCCCAUCGUGCAAGAGGACCUCGUAGAAAAUAGGGAGCUCAAGCGUUACAUCGAACGCAAAAUAAAGUCUCAGUGAAGAGGAUUUUCGGACACGGUCAUUCGUGCCUUCCUGCUUUGUUAUUUGUGAACAUUUUAACCUCGUUCUGGGAAAAUAGGGUUAAAUACAUGUGUGUAAAGUAUCGUUCAGUCUGUAAAGAAUAAUAAGGGACGACGCUUUCCGCUUAAACUUGAUUUUCUCUUAGAAAAGUCUUCUUUUAAACAACAAAUGCCAAAACAGUGGCAAGUGUCGUCCAUGACUAGCCAUGAUAAGCAUGCACAGGCUAGUCUGGGACGAUACUUUACGCACAUGCAUUAAGCCCAGUGUUUUCGGAACGAGGCUCGUGUAUUUACUUGUUUAACCGUUGAACUGACCAAGAGGUAUUCUUUGUCGUUGUCUAUUGCAUAACAGGUGUCAUUCAUGAUAGGAUUUGAAAUAAAAGGGCAUUAUAAUCCUCAA